AUGCCAUUCCCCUACAUCCCCCUCCUCCUCUCCACCUACCUCUCCCUCUCCGGCCUCCGUAGACGCUCCCUCUCCCCCUCCGGCGCCCUCCUCGCCUUCCUCACCGGCCUCCUCACCCUCUCCCUCCCCGGCCCCCUCGUCACCCCCGGCCUCUCCCUUGUCGCAUUCUACCUCACAGGAUCCUACGCCACCAAGCUCGGCAAACAACGCAAGGCGAGAUUGGAGGAGGGACAUGAUGAGGGUGGGGCGGGGUAUAGGACGGCGGGACAGGUGUUUUGUAAUAGUGCGGGGGCGGUGGGGGCGUGUGUGCUUUGGGGGGUGAUUUUUGGGGCGGGGGAGGGAUGGCCGUUUGGGUUGGGGGGUGUGGUGAGGGGGUGGUUGGGUGGGUUGGAGGGAGGGGAAGGAGGGGAGUGGGAUUAUGCGAGGGGAGAGUGGUGUCCGGUGGAUGGGAGCGUUAACGGAGGGUUGAGCAGGAAAUUGAUGUUUGUCGUCCUUGGCCACUUCGCAACCUGCCUCGGCGACACCCUCGCCUCCGAACUCGGCAUCCUCUCCCGCACCCCCCCAAUCCUCCUAACCACCCUCCGCACCGUUCCCCCCGGUACGAACGGUGGUCUCUCCAUACUCGGAACCGCGGCUUCGGUGGGCGGGGGCGCGAUUAUGGGGGGUGUGAUGUGGAUCGGUUUAGUUGCUGAGAAUGUGAAUUGUAGGGAGGUGCUGGGAUUUGGGAUGGGAGGAGCAAGAGGAGCAGGAGGAUCAGGAGGGAUGGCGUUGGUGGGCUGGGGAGCGGGGGCGGGGUUGGUUGGGUCUAUGCUCGAUUCACUCCUCGGGGCUACACUCCAACGCACACAAUAUUCCACAUCUACGCAUCGGAUCCUCACCGACGAGGGCUCGACCUCGAAGGACGGGAAUAAGGAGAGGAAUAAGGAGAGGGGGAGGGAGGGGGAGAAGGAGGAGGAGGAGAUCAAAGUGGUCAGUGGGAUCGACGUAUUGACGAAUAAUCAGGUCAACCUCGUCGCAUCGCUCGCUACGGCGCUUUUAUUGGGAUAUCUCGCUUGAUUUUGAUCCACUUGUUCUGCAUGAUUUUCAUGAUUUUCAUGAUUUUAUGCUUUCUUGCUCUCAGAUUUCAAUUUUCACGAUUCCAUGAUUUUAUGCUUUCGACCCAUAAUUUCCACAAGUCGCAGUACUUAUUCCGCCCAGUCUAAGUGCUCGUGUCUCGUGUUUAGUGUUCAGUGUCUAGUGUCUAGUGUCUAAUGUCUCGUGUCUAAUGUCUCGUUUUGUAUUGUAGUCCACAAUACUUAUAUCCUGUCUCUUCGCGAUCCUCCUUCUCUUUCGAGUUCUUGCAUGAGUAAGUAGUACAGGUACAUAUUAUUCGAGAGUCGAUGUAUCGGAUCGGAUAGUGGACCAAACGACGAGCGACAACCUAAGUAUGUGUCUGCGUCUGCGGGUUUA